AUGAAUGAGGCGGAGAGAACCAAUCUGGUGACAGGUAUUUCAGUGUGUCGAAGAGCUCCAAGAUUGAAUCAUCUCCUCUUUGCGGAUGAUAGCUUGAUGUUCUGUGAAGCUAAUGGAGAAACCAUGACUAGGCUCCAAACUAUCCUCAAUACUUACGAAGAUGCUUCAUGGCAACAAUUGAACAGGGAGAAAACAUCGAUGGUAUUUAGUGCUAAUGUACCACCGGAUAAACAACAAUCAAUUAUGGCCUUAUGGAAUUCUCCCCACGUACAACAAUAUGAAAAGUAUCUUGGCUUACCACAGAUGGUGGGUAGAUCCAAAGCUCGAGCCUUUGCUGAAAUAAAGCACAAAGUUUGGCAGAAUUGCAAGGAUGGAAACAUAGCUUAUUCUCCCAUGGAGGAAGAAAAGUUCUCCUGA